AUGCUUCAUUCGCCUCACAAACAACCACAGAACCACAAGUGCGGUGCAAACUUUCUCCAGGAGGACAGCAAGAAGUCUCUGGUUUUUAAAUGGUUAAUCUCCGCAGGUCACUACCAGCCACGGAGACCAACAGAGUCAUUUAAGGCUGCAAGCAGAAUUUACAACAGAGGGUACAAGUUCUAUCUGAAAAAAAAAGGAGGGACUAUGGCAUCAAACAGCCUCUUCAGCACAGUGACACCAUGUCAGCAAAACUUCUUUUGGGAUCCGAGCACCAGCCGGCGCUUCAGCCCCCCCUCCAGCAGCCUGCAGCCCGGCAAGAUGAGCGACAUGAGCCCGGUGGUGGCUGCGCAGCAGCAGCAGCAGCAGCAGCAGCAGCAACAGCAGCAGCAGCAGGAGGCGGCGGCGGCGGCGGCGGCGGCGGCGGCGGCGGCAGCGGCGGCGGCGGCGGCGCCCCGGUUGCGGCCGCCGCACGACAACCGCACCAUGGUGGAGAUCAUAGCUGACCUCCCGGCCGAGCUCGUCCGCACCGACAGCCCCAACUUCCUGUGCUCCGUGCUGCCCUCGCAUUGGCGUUGCAACAAGACCCUUCCCGUGGCCUUCAAGGUGGUAGCCCUUGGAGAGGUACCAGAUGGGACUGUGGUUACUGUCAUGGCGGGUAACGAUGAGAAUUAUUCUGCUGAGCUCCGAAAUGCCUCUGCUGUUAUGAAAAACCAAGUAGCAAGGUUCAACGAUCUGAGAUUUGUGGGCCGGAGUGGACGAGGCAAGAGUUUCACCCUGACCAUAACUGUCUUCACCAAUCCUCCCCAAGUAGCCACCUAUCACAGAGCUAUUAAAGUUACAGUGGACGGACCCCGGGAACCCAGAAGGCACAGACAGAAGCUUGAUGACUCUAAACCUAGUUUGUUCUCUGACCGCCUCAGUGAUUUAGGGCGCAUUCCUCAUCCCAGUAUGAGAGUAGGUGUCCCGCCUCAGAACCCACGGCCCUCCCUGAACUCUGCACCAAGUCCUUUUAAUCCACAAGGACAGAGUCAGAUUACAGACCCCAGGCAGGCGCAGUCUUCCCCACCGUGGUCCUAUGACCAGUCUUAUCCCUCCUACCUGAGCCAGAUGACUUCCCCGUCCAUUCACUCCACCACUCCGCUGUCUUCCACACGGGGCACCGGGCUCCCUGCCAUCACCGACGUGCCCAGGCGUAUUUCAGAUGAUGACACUGCCACCUCUGACUUCUGCCUCUGGCCUUCCCCUCUCAGUAAGAAGAGCCAGGCAGGUGCUUCAGAACUGGGCCCUUUUUCAGACCCCAGGCAGUUCCCCAGCAUUUCAUCCCUCACUGAGAGCCGCUUCUCCAACCCACGAAUGCACUAUCCAGCCACCUUUACUUACACCCCGCCAGUCACCUCAGGCAUGUCCCUCGGUAUGUCCGCCACCACCCACUACCACACCUACCUGCCACCACCCUAUCCCGGCUCCUCCCAAAGCCAGAGCGGACCCUUCCAGGCCAGCAGCACUCCAUAUCUCUACUAUGGCACUUCGUCAGGAUCCUAUCAGUUCCCCAUGGUGCCGGGGGGAGACCGCUCUCCCUCCAGAAUGCUCCCGCCAUGCACCACCACCUCGAAUGGCAGCACGCUAUUAAACCCCAAUUUGCCUAACCAGAAUGAUGGUGUUGACGCUGAUGGAAGCCACAGCAGUUCCCCAACCGUUUUGAAUUCUAGUGGCAGAAUGGAUGAAUCCGUUUGGCGACCAUAUUGAGAUUCCUCAGCCGUGGGCCCAGCCAGCGGUAACUGGGAGCCACAUCCCAAAUGUAUCAAUAUAUACAUAUAUAUAGAGAGAGCGCGUAUAUAUGUAUACCGAUCAGCUAUCUACAAAGUGCCUAUUUCUUAGAAGAUUUUUUUCACUCACUCACUCAGUCAUGCUCUUGCACCCGUAAGAGGGUAGCUGUUGAGAAGCCAAAGGCCGAGAGAGACAAUCAGAAUCAGGUUUCAGGUUUGCGAUCUAUUUUUCUUUAAGUAGAAAACACACACACACACACACACACACACACACACACACACACACGUGUACUUUUACAAAGGAAAAAAAGGUAUUUUUGUCGCUGUUGUCUGGUCUGUUAUCCAUCACCUGUUCAUAUGCCGAUUCAGUGAGGCGGACUCCGGGUUCAGGAGGAAGAAGAGCAAAGCGCUUCCUCUCUGUGCCAGACCACGCGUCCUCACGGUGCAGCCGCGUGGGGCCCGUGCACCUGCAGACCCGCUGGCAAAGCCAGUCGCGGUGCCCGCGAAGGGAAGGAGGCAGCAUGGAUGCUUCCGUGGCAGUGUAACUGUUCCCAGCCUGGCCUGCAGACUUGCUGCAAGUUCUCCUUUGAACUGGUCGGUUCAAAUAUUUUUUUCUUUUCUUUUUCCCCCCUACUUUACGAAAGUGACUUCAAAAAUACUGAUCAGGAAAGGUUAUUUUACUUUUUUGGGGUACUUUUUCCUCCCCUCCCCCCCUUUCCAUUUAACCAAAAAGAAAUACCAUCCUGAAACCCCUCUCCUUCUUUUAUGCAAAACUGAAAAUGGCAAUACCUUAUUAUAGCCAUAAUGGUAUAGAUAGUGUUUGUGUUGGCUGCGUGUUAUUGUGUUGUUGUUUUUUUAAAUUAUGAAUAUGUGUAAAAUCUGAGGUAACUUGCUAAGUGAAUGGUCAUAUAACUUUAAAGAUAUAUUUAUAAUUAUUUAAUGACAUUUGGACCCUUGAAACAUUUCUUAGUGUAUUGAUGUGUUGACUUCGGUCUCUAAAAGUGCUCUUUAUUAAAUAACAAAUUUCUUCUGGGCUAGAGCCAUACCUGAAAGAUUGCUAAGCAAUUUCAGUUCAUCUGGGCACAAUGUGAUUUUUUAAAAAAAUACUUCCAUCUCCAAAUAUUUUUAGAUGUAUCUUGUUUUUGUGAUGUAUGAAGGACAUGUUAUGUUUCGUUCUUUCAGAUCUUUGAUUGCCUCUGACACAGCUUUGCCUUUUAAAACAAUAAUUAGGGAUUAAAAAACAAACAAACAACAAAACCUCUUAACCCUUUACUUAGGUUGCCCUUUAUCAGCAUGAAAUGCUGGAGAGAUGUGGUUUUCUCAUUUAUUUCAAAUAGCGAUGACUCUUGUCAUGUUAAAAAAGACAAGCACAAGAGAGUCCUUGAACUGCAGAAAACGUUCUGUGGUUUCCUAGCAGAACUCUAAAUCGCCAGGCUGCACAGUGAAGACGCAGUUAGCCCAGAGCCACCCCUGCGGCUAAGGGAUCAGUAACCAUACACACAGCACAGGAACGCAGCAUUGCACCAGAGCUUCCCAACGCACCCACCUUACCAAGCAAUUGGUCAGGGGAGCCCAAAACUGCCCAGCUAAGGCCCCACGGGCACCUCUCCACAGAAUUUGCAUUGAAAGGAGCAGAAUUAAGUCAUUGUCUUAAGGGAGCAGGGUCCUCUGAAGCAGCAGGCCAGUUCCAGCACACAGCCCAUCUGAGAGAACAUACCAGCCCUUCAGGGGCCCCACAGACAACCUUAGAUAUUCGGAUUUCUCACGAUGGAGGGUCAAGGGAAGGCAGAACUAUGUGGAGUCUGGUGUCCACUACUGUCUAUGAACUUGAGCAGAAGCCCUCCUGUAGGAUGCACUUUGACCUCUCCUGGUGGCCACAUGGUGAAUUCUCAAGUGUGACUCCUUAAUAACCCAAGCCAGGAUCAUUUCAUGACACCACCAGCCAGGGCCCCUUUGUUUGAAUUUUGUGCCCCUGUUGGCAGAACUUGGUAGAGAUUUGCCUCCAGCCCCCAGAGACCCCCUGCUCUCUCUAGUGACCCUCAAGCCCUCCUUCCUCAGCCACCAAGAGUAGCAGGACAGCUUGCCGGGCUGUGGGACCUGAGCCUCUCACCCGGCACCCAUCCCGAUUCCUCCUAAUAAAAAUUGAGGGGGAAACCAAACCAAAACAAAACACGUUGCCUUCUAAAGGUUGUAUACCAAGUAUGCUUAGAUCAAGAAGCCACUUUUCUAUUAACUAAGUAAAGAUGGAAGUAGUAAUGGAUACUAUUUAUUGUUUGUGUGUGGUGGCUUGAAGCACGCCACUGUCCAUUUCUUCGUAAGUGUAAAAUGUGUGUGUUUGUUUCAGCAGCACUUAAAGAAGCCAGUGUCUGGUUACACAUUUCAACUUUAAUUAAUUGACAUAGAAACGUUACCGCCAGUGCCAGCUGUACCCUAUUUAAUAAAACAGGUACUAUAUUUGUACGUUCGCUUCUAAUGUAAAAAAGAAAAAAAAAGGGCUUUUUUUUAAGUUUACAGUACACAUACCAAGUGACCUUAGGGAUGCUUUUGUGUUGAAAUGCUAUUCUAGUGGCUGCAGGCAGCAACCCAGAAACACUUAAACUUUUUUUUUUUUUCUCCCACGGGAAACAUUCCAGCACGUCAUCCUUCCACCCUCACUCCAACCACACCAAUGGGGUCGUUCGCAUUUUUAGAUCAAAUUCUGCCCUUUUUUUUUUUUUUUUUUUGGCCUGGGGGGUUAAAGUUUUCUUUUACCUUUUUUUUUUUUUUUUUUUAAUGAACUCUUCCAUUGCACUGGGUCACGUGCAUGAUUUGUGAUUUCAAGACCAAAGCACAGUCUUACUACUGCUCUGGCACCACACAUGAGCCAGGACUCUGUUUCCUUCGGGUCAAAAGAGCACACACAUUGCUGGCGACGGCGGCGUGGCCAACAGCCGCUCCUCUGUCUGCUCCAGGGUCUCCCCGGUGUAACCUGUCAGAGUUCCAGAGCAGGCACCACCGCUUUGGCUUUGGAUUGUGAAAUCACAUCCAGCCUGGAACCGGGAGACGACGCAACAGAUUAGCUAUUGUUUGCUCUUCAGGCUGUCUUACCCCCACCAGAGCCUUUCAGAAACGAGCAGAGAAAUCCCACGAUUAGGGACCAUCCGUUGCAAAUUCAGAGGGGAGAAGGUUUGCUUGCUGGCUUAGAGAGCUCCCUCCAUUCCCAGAAAAGGGACUGACUCAGAAUCCAGGGUACUAAAAUGGAAACACAAAGCUUUAGCAAAAAUACCGAUGAUAUCCGAAAGAACGAGGACAAAUAAAAUAAAGGACAACUCUUCCAAACCUUGAUUUGUUAUUCUUAAAAAAAAAAAAAAGAGAUAAUGCCUUUAAAAAAUACUUUCUAUGUGAGAAUUUUUUAGAUGUUUGUUUACUUCAUGUUUACAAAUAACUGUUUGCUUUUUACUGCAGUACUUUGAACUAUAUCAGCCAAAAACCAUAAUUUACAGUAAUUUCUUAGGUAUUCUGAAUAAAAAAAUCCUUUUUUUUUUUUUUGGAUAUGCUUUACCAUUCUUAGAUUUCUGUGGAACAAAAAUAUGUGUAGCAUUUUGUGUAAAUACAAGCUUUUCAUUUUUAUUUUUUUUCUCCAAUCGCUAUUGCCCAAGAUUUGCUUCCCAUGUACAUAUUGUACAAAUCCUGCUUUGUGCCACAGGUCACGGUUGUGGACAAGUUUACUCUGAACUUCAAAGGGACUAUUUGUAUUGUAUGUUGCAACUGUAAAUUGAAUUAUUUGGCAUUUUUCUCAUGAUUGUAAUAUUAAUUUGAAGUUUGAAUUUAAUUUUCAAUAAAAUGGCUUUUUUUUUUGUUUGGUUUUGU